AUGGAGUCGCGCAAAGAAGAGGAGGCUACCAUCAAGGUUGCCUCGGCCAAGAAAUCCGUCCCGCCCUCCCGGCCGCAGUCGUUCGGUAAAAUCAAGCUGAAGAAGGCCGCGCCGAAGCAGGCCAAGCCCGGCAAUUGGAAGGAGGCCAAUGUCCUUGUUGAAGAUGGCGCGAUCAACGCCGCAUCCCCCGGCCCCGUCAUCAACCAGCUCGGGGACUCGAGCCGCGAGACGUUCAGCACGGGCCGCCCUCUCGAAGACCCUCCCGACAUGUUCCAGUGCAAGCACUGCAAGAAGGGGAUCACGCGAACAGCCGCCAAGGACCACAUUGCCCAGUGUCUCAGGAUCAAGAAGGAGAAGGCCCAGCGCAAGAAGGAAGCCCGCGAGGCACGCGAGCGGCUGAAGGAGGCCGCCAGGGAGGAGGAAGCGCGCAAGGCAGAAGAGGACGGCGCCGCUCGUGGCGGCGACGACGACAGUGACGACGACGACGAGCGAAAAGACGGCGACGGGAAGACAGCCGGCAAGGCAAAGAAGACCAACGUUGCCGGCAAGAAGCGGAAGGCAGAGGGCGAGCUUGAUAAGGGGAAGGUGAAGAAGAAGAAGGACGAGCCGAAGCCGAAGACGGCGAAGCCCAAGGGCCCCGUGGACGUCGAGAGGCAGUGCGGCGUGCUGCUGCCCAACGGCCAGCCCUGCGCACGGUCUCUGACCUGCAAGAGCCAUAGCAUGAGCGCGAAAAGGGCCGUGCCGGGCCGGUCGCUGCCGUACAACAUGCUUCUCGCUGCCUACCAGAAGAAGAACCAGGCCAAGCAGCAGAAGGCCGCCAUUGAUGCCAACGCCCCCUUAGAAGACGAGGACGACGUCGACGGUGCUGCGGUCGACAGCGACGAGGAGACGGCCGCCGUCAUGACGGCCCUGGCCGGCUGGCACCCGCAGCCGGUCGUGCCGCAGCCCGUGUUCGCGCCGACGAAGCGGCAGUACCAAUUAGCUCGCCUCCACGAGCAACUACAGACUGCCACCAACGGCGGCCGGGUCAACAUCUUCAAGGUGGUCGGCUUCGGCGCCCAGCGGCUGCCCGAGGGCCAUCCCGGGCUCUUCGACUACGACGACGCGCCGGCCGAUCCCGACCCCGCCAUGGCCGGUGGCGACUUCUCGCGGCGAUCCUCGAGCUACAGCCUCGGUGGGCCGCCGCAGCGACGGCCCCGCCUCAUCCCCACCGCCGCUACCGCCGCCGCCGCCUACCCCGCCUCCGUCGCGAGCAGCCCACCAUUCCCCACCCCGGAGGCCCGAGGGGCCCGGUUCACGGCUGCCACCACACACACGGAGCACCUUGCCCAACAGCGCCAUCACCAACAGCAAGCUCGCGCCGCGCCGUUGAUCCCCACCGCAACAAGCCCGGCCCGUCACCCUAGCAAAGCGGCGCAGAUCUUCCAGCGGAUCAACCCAGAGGCUCAGGCCCGCGAUGGCCAGGCGAAGACGGGAGCGCCGUGUCAGUCUGCCGGCGGGGCCGGAUUGCUGCCGCAACCGCUGUCGCGGGCCCAAUUGUCUCCGGCCCGGUCCCCGGCCCAGCCUCAAACCGAGGCGCAGCCAGCGCGGCGGCAAGACUCGCCGUUUACGUACCCGCCCGAGGCGAUCGCCGCGGCCGUGGCGAUCUGCGGGCCGCAUCCCCGGCGGCCGGUCGUGCGGCCGCCGGCGCUGGAUGCGUCGGUGUUUCCCUCUUCUGGAUCUUCUGCGGCCGCGUCUGCGGCCGCGUCUAUUUCUGUGGCGCCGCCGGUGGCGGCGGCGGCGGUGGCGGCGGUAGAAGGGGCUGUGAUUGUGGCUGGUGCUGGUCGUGGUGGUCGUGGUGGUGGUGGCAGGAAACGGGGCAGACCGCCCCGCAGCGCCUCCGCCCUCCCGGCGUCCCAGACCGAGCGAGCUCCGGCGUCGAGACGGCUGCGAGGCGGAGCGGCGGCGGCGACGGCGAGGAGGAAAUAG